AUCACGAUUUCUGCUCGAUGUCCGAACGCUGCGCAUUUCAGUGUACUGUAGGUGUUUUACAUGGUUUUACAGGGGAUAUGGAUUCUUCUGUGCUCCCGUGAGUGUCUCCGGUUCGCAGCUCGAGUCCGGUGCGACAAUCGUGUCCGCCCGCUCGUGUUCUGCGUCCACGUCCGCUCUAACUUUAUCGCAUUGCAUUCGCCGUAGGCGACCGAUCGACGGACAUCUGAGCCGGUUGCAGUCUCGAUCAGCCAACUUGGCAACCAACAGCAGCUCGAGGGUUUUGAGUCUUGCCUGGCAGAAUGAUCUCCAAAUGGUCGAGGCAGUCGAUUGUUCUGAAAAGUGGCCCACAAAAUAAUAUCCGCUUAAAAUACGCCUAGAGAGAUUGAUUUACGAAGUGGAAGGUAUCACUCGAUUGGUUUUGAUAUCCGCAAGAAUGGACAAUCUGCUGAAAGAGCUGGAGGCUCUGAAAAUUAGGAGUGAUUUCUUUGAGGAUAAUUCCUCAUGGAUACCAUGCAUAGACUUGAUUCAGAAGAGUUUUGUACCACAAAGAACAGUCGGAGCAGAACGUCCAUGCGAGGAGAAAGAUUUCAGAGAAUAUAGGCUCGUUGUAGAAAGAAACUUGCAUAACGUCAGGUCUAUGUUGCAACAUAUUUCUAGCAAUUCCAGAGAGAAAUACUUUCAGCUGAGCAAUGCCACAGGGAUGGUUAGAACGUUUGGUAUGAAUUUGUUGCUGCUCAUUGGAGAACAUAGUGAAAAGAAUAUUUGGAACACAGCUGAGUGUGUUUCUAUUUCCAAAGAAUUACUUGCUAGUUUUUGUGACCUAUACGUCUGCCAAAGUAUUUCCCAAUUUUUGUCAGAGAAUGAGAAUUUGUAUAAUUUGUUGCUGAUGUUAAGACCUAAAUUAUUAAAAGAUACCUGGAAAACUUAUCCAUCAGCUGUAGCAUGUUAUAGAUGGUUUUUGCAAGAGGCAGAAAAAAAAGGACUGAUAGAUUCUGGUUAUGCUAAACUAAUUUAUCACGCCUUGCAACUUUUAACUCAUCAAAAGGAAGCAAAAUACAUUAUUCCUUUGUAUUCCUGUAUGGCUAGUCUUUUAGCUACUAUGGAACAUUGGGAUAAUACCAUAAAUCUAUUUGAGUGGACAACACGUGACGAAGUUCUCUCAACUUUGAUAGAGAACAUGGAAUUUGAGCAGAAUAUUGAAUUGCGGCAUGUAUAUAUGUUGAGUUUACCUCAACUCAUUACAAACAUAGGCUGUGCCAAAUGGUGUGGAGCGCUCAUUCGCAUACUUACCGAGUACUGCGAACAUCACACAGAUUUAAGGACAUUAAAGGCGACUUUAGAGAUGGCAAAGACGUUCCUCUUAAUGUUUCGUCUGCGAAUAGCUGCACAUUGCGCCCCACUUUAUACUGUAUUUUUGAAGUUGCAUUUCGAUCUGAGGGAAACACCGGUGUUCGAUCGAGCGAUCAUGCAAAAUCUGGAAGAUUGCAUUUGCAUGUUGUACCAGUUAUCACCGAAUGUAGGUUAUACGGUAAUUAAUGACGAUCGAAUGCGUUCGAUGCUCAAUAAUAGUUUGCCAGUCGUAUGCCAGGGUAGUGAUAUCAAAUAUUUCGAAUAAUUUACGAAAUGCAUGCGAUUGUCGUGCGUAUUUGUAUAUAUAAUGUAUUCUAUAUAAUGUGUGUAUGGAAAAAAUGCGUUGAUAGAAAUAUUAUAUUCUCAUGUAAACCUCUGUAGUUCAGAGAUAAAAGUGAAACGUAUUAGGUACUUAGAUAUUUUAUUUGUGAUGUAAAAAUAUGUUAAUAUACAAUCAUUUAUAAAG